AUGGGUAGAGAAUCGUUUGUUACCCUCGCAACAAAUGAUGAAUACUGUGUGGGUGCACUUGUUUUAGCAGCAUCUCUAAAACAAUCAGAAACGUCUAAAGAGCUUACCAUUCUUGUAACCCCUGGUCUCUCCUCACAGAUGAGACAACUGCUCUGCAGCACUUAUGAUAAUCUAAUCGAAGUACAACCCGUUAUAACCAAAGGCUGGAGUCAGCCCGUUAUUGGUGGUAGAACUGAGCUCAUUGAAACAUUCACAAAAAUUCAGGUUUGGAGUCUUAUCCAGUUUACCAAAGUUGUAUUUAUGGACGCUGAUACUCUGGUUUUGCAGAACGUUGAUGAAUUGUUCAACAAAUCUGAAUUUACUGCAGCACCUGAUCCUCUAUGGCCAGAUUGUUUUAAUGCUGGUGUCUUUAUAUUAGAACCAUCCAUGGACACGUACAAUGGUCUUCUACGAAUGUUAUUUGACUCUGGCAGUUUUGAUGGACGAGAACAAGGUUUACUGAACACGUAUUUUUCUAACUGGUUAGAAGGAGAUAUAUCACAUAGACUACCUUGUAUAUACAACUGUAUUUGUCGUAUAUCAGAUGACACAAGUUUUGAAUUUUAUACAAGUAGAUCAGCUUGGGUUCAGUUUGGCGGAUCUGUACGAGUUGUGCAUUUUGCUGGUCCAAUCAAACCUUGGCAUAAAACUUCCGCAGCUAAAACAUGCAGUCAAGCUUCUUUUUACACAUUCUUUAAGACUGAUAAAAACAGACGAUCAAUAUGUCGUGUAGCUGGUAUGCUAGCCUACUGGUGGUCAUUAUUUCUAAUUCUUGUACGACCACAACUUUAUCCUGAUAUGAUUGGAAUAGCCGGUGAUUUAGCUAAUAUUGAUUAUGGUAAAAAUUUAUGUUCAUAUCAUGCACAAUUAGAAGCUGCUAGUAAUGAACGAAUGUAUGCAUGGGAACGUGGUGAAAUUGAUUAUACUGGUACAGAUCGUUUUAUAAAUAUAUUAAAUAAAUUAUGCACAACAUUACGUAAUAUUGGCGGUGAUACUAAUCUACCAAUUGAUGGUGAUGAUAAUGAUUUGGAUGAUGACGAUUCGGAUGAUGAUGAUGAUGACGAUUCGGAUGAUGAUGAUGAUUUGGAUGAUGACGAUUCGGAUGAUGAUGACGAUGAUUUGGAUGAUGAUGAUUCGGAUGAUGAUGAUGAUUUGGAUGAUGACGAUUCGGAUGAUGAUGAUGAUGAUGACGAUUCGGAUGAUGAUGACGAUGAUUUGGAUGAUGAUGAUGAUGACGAUUUGGAUGAUGAUGAUUUGGAUGAUGACGAUUCGGAUGAUGAUGAUGAUGAUGAUUUGGAUGAUGAUUUGGAUGAUGACGAUUCGGAUGAUGAUGAUUUGGAUGAUGAUGAUGAUUUGGAUGAUGACGAUUCGGAUGAUGAUGACGAUGAUUUGGAUGAUGAUGCUUUGGAUGUUGACGAUGAUUUGGAUAAUGACGAUUUGAUUGAUGAUGAUGUUUCGGAUGACGGUGAUGAUGAUGAUGAUAAUGAUAAUAAUGAUGAUGAUGCUUUGGAUGUUUGGAUGAUGAUUCGGAUGAUGUUGAUGAUGAUGUUUUGAAUGAUUUGGAUGAUGAUAAUGUUGAUGAUGAUCGUUUGAAUGAUCAUGAUCAUGAUACUAACUGCUCAUUAACCAGUAAUUAAAUGAGUUUUUUUAUUUAUUUUUUUAUUUUAAUUCUUUUAAUUAAAUUAUAAUCAGUCAUUUUAAUGUGAAUUACAAAAAAUAAAAAAAUAAAGUAUUACCUUAACAAUUCUAAACUAAAUAGGAGAUUAACACAAUAUGUAAUUAUUAAUCUUAUAAUGAAUUAUUAUCAUUUAACCUAAUCAUUAUGUUUGUUUGAUUAUUUUGAUUUGAUUUCA